CGCAGGGAGAGAGGGAGAGGAUGUGGUGUAGUAGGAUAGAACUGAAGACAGACCCGCAUGGAAAACCAUCGUCCCUCGACAGAAGAGAUGCGCGAUAUCAACACAGAACUGAGAGAACGAGGGAGAGGGCGAUGUAAAGAUGGAGAAAUAAUUUGAGAUGCAAGCAGAGUCGAGGGGGGUCGUUUUCACCGCCUUUCACCACGUUCUUUGGAGCUAAAAACGCAGAGCGUCGCGUCGAAACCGAAACGGGGGGCGGCGGGAGGGGCCAUCAUGGGGAACGAAGCGAGCCUCGAAGGCGGCGAAGGGGUGCUUGCUGGAUUACCGGAGGGGCUCGCACCGGACGGGAAAGGAGGCUUCAUUCGGACAUCCACGGGGGCACAGGUGGACCUGAGCCAACUCAGCGAGGACGACAGGAAGCAACUCGCCGCGGCUAUGUCAAGGGCGCAAACCAACAAGCCCGGGGGCGCGCCCGCUCGAAGGCCCUCGGAGGCAGAUGUUCAGCAGCGGCCCCAGCAGCCAGGAGUUGGACCCUCUGGUCGGCUUAGCAAGAGUCGCACCGUAGACGCGUUUGGAGAGGGCCCCACUGGCAGGCCGGCCCCUGGCCGCAGUCCCUCGUCCCUCAGCCUCUUAGAGUCCCGAUUCAGGCAGGAGCCUAAGGACCCGGAGAAGAAAACAGGCAUGUUUGGCUCCAGCUUCCUGAGUGGGGCCAACCCGCUUAACGCUGUCUCGUCCAUGACGUCCCAGGUGUCCUCUGGAAUGUCCUCCAUGUCCUCCGAGGUCACCUCCAUGGGCUCCGGGGUCAACAUGCCCUCAUUUGGCCUGUUUGACAAGGAAGAGAAGCCUGGAGAGAAGCCCCAAGGUGGGCCCCCAGGGCCGGGCAGCAAGGGCCCCCAGCAGGGGGGGCCAAGACCCCCUGGCCCCGGACAAGGGCCCAGACCCCCUGGGCAGCAAGGGCCCAGACCCACUGGUCAAGGACCCCCUGGGCAGCAAGGGCCCAGAACCCCUGGCCCCGGACAAGGGCCCAGACCCCACGGGCAGCAAGGGCCCAGACCCACUGGUCAAGGCCCCCCUGGUCAACAAGGGUCCAGACUCCCUGGUCAAGGCCCCCCUGUCCAGCAAGGACCCAGACCCCCUGUCUCUGGACAAGGGCCCCCUGGGCAGCAAGGGCCCAGACCACCUGGUCAAGGCCCCCCUGGGCAGCAAGGACCUAGACCACCUGGCCCCGGUCAAGGGCCCCCUGGGCAGCAAGGACCCCCUGGCCCCGGUGCACAGCCAGGCGGGCCAGCUAAAGCUGGGAGUCCCCCUGGUCCACAAGGCCCUGGUAAACCACCUGGAGGUGGACUGUGUCCGCUGUGCAAGAGUACCCAGCUCAACGUGGGCUCCAAGGAGCCGCCCAACUACAGCAACUGUACCAUGUGUAAGAACCAGGUGUGCAGCCUAUGUGGAUUCAGCCCCCCAGACUCGGAGGGCAAAGAGUGGCUGUGUCUCAACUGCCAGAUGCAGAGGGCUAUGGGGGGUAUGGAUGACCCUCCUAUGAUGGGCAAGGGCUCUGCCCCUCCUUCACCCUCAAGGAAAGACCCUGGAAAAGAUGGCAAGAAGCCCAAUCUACUGAUUAAGCAGCAGAGCAUCUCCGACAGAGGCUUAACCCCUCCAACCACGCCCAAACAGAAAUCCCCCGGCCCAUCUUCCCCGAAAGGCAGCCCCCAGCCCUCACCGGCCAAAGGUAAACAGGAGUCCAGCUUCUUCGGGGGCCUGGGGGGCAUCAGCCUAGGGGGACUCACCGACGUGGCCAAGCCUCCAGCCGCUGCCUCCCAGGCGGCCGAGUCCAUCACGGGAACAAUGUUCAGUGGCUUUGGUGGGUUCACUGGAUCAGCCAAACCUGAUCGGGCCAAAGCCGCUGCUGGUCCCCAAAAAACAGCAGAGUCGGUGACGGGAAAGAUGUUCAGCGGGUUCGGUGGUUUUACCGAGACAGCCAAGCCCCCGGCGGCUGCCUCCCAGAUGUUCGGCUUUGGCUCGUCCAUCUUGAGCUCGGCCACCAACCUCAUGACCACCGACUCUGUGGACUCUGUGGAUGAGAAAGCUGGUUCUCCUGCCGAUUCUCCUGCCGGUUCUCCUGCCGGCUCUCCCCCAGAUUCCCCUUUCUCUGCCCCUGGUUCUUCCCCGGACUCUCCCUUCUCCGCUCCCGGGUCUCCCCCGGACUCAGACAGCCCUGACACCCCGCCUGCCUCCAAGAAGGCCCCCAAACGUGCCGUCUCCCUGCUGAAGGACCAGAAGUCCAUAGAAGCAGAGCCCUCCGCGGAGCCUCUGAAAGCGGGGGAGCCGCCUACUCCGGCCCCAGGCUCGGGGGCCCAGGAAAACUGCCCUCUGUGUAAGGUGGAGCUGAACGUUGGAUCAGCAGACCCCCCUAACUACAGCAACUGCACUGAGUGCAAGAAGAGUGUGUGCAACCUGUGUGGCUUCAACCCCGCACCUCAUCUUGGUGAGAAAGAAUGGUUAUGUCUCAACUGCCAGACCCAAAGAGCUCUCUCUGGCCAGCUGGGCGAUAUACCCCCUCCACCAUCUCCUGUGAAGAAGCAACUACCCACAGCUACCCCUACCCCUCCUGCCUCCCCUGCCAAAGUCCCUGCCUCCCCAGCUGCUGCUGCUGCUGCCUCUCCAUUAACAAGAAGCCCCUCAGUCACUCAGGCAGAGGCAGCAGCAGCAGCAAAGGAAGACACCCAGCCGCUUCCCAUGUCCAAGGCAACGCUGAAAGACCCUGGAGAAAAAAACACAGUCGCCAAGGAUAGCAGUCCCACCAGCCCCUCAGACCUUGCCAAGCUGGAGAGCACUGUCCUUCCCAUACUAGAGGCCCAGGCUACACAACCAAAGGACAAUUCGGACAAACUGACCGACUCACUCAAGACCAGACGCAAACUUGAGGUGCUACCCCUCUCACCUGAAUCUCCCAGCACAGAGGAUGACCCAGAACUCUCAGAGAAGAAGGAUGCCUCAGCAAAGAAAAAUCUGCUGGUGCCGACAGACAUCAGGGGUGACUCGUUGGAGGACAGCAGUGAGAGCUUAGGGAAAGAUAGUCCCGUGUCAGGGGAUGACGAAGACUUCAUUCGUAAACAGAUCAUGGAGAUGAGUGAGAACGAGGAUGCUUCGCCGUCUGACGAAGAAAACCUCAUUCGGCGAAAGAUCCGAGAUCAUGACAGGAAACGAAUGGAGCAGGAGAAAGGGGAGGGGAAGGAGAGAAGUGCAAUGGCAAAAGGCAGGCGGCUCCUCAAGAAGAACACCAUCAGCCCUGAGGACGAAGAUGAGCAGAAACUCUCACUGGAUAAACCUGACAAGGCAUGGAAAGAGGGAUCGGAACCCAAAGUCUCAGACUCUCAGGAAGGGGAACAGCCUUUGGCAGAUAGAGUCGUGGCAGUACACCAACUCAGAACCAUCGAGCUCAACACGACUACCACCCCUGUGCGCAUACCGGGUACAUCAGAUGAUGGAGAGCUUGAGAUGGAAAGCCUCACCAACUCCCCUGAUGAUCGCUCCAGGGGCGAUGGGUCCUCCAGCCUGCACGCAUCCAGCUUCACCCCUGGGACAUCGCCUACAUCCCUCUCCUCUUUGGAUGAGGACAGUGACAGCAGUAGUCCCAGCCGCAUGCACAGUGGCGAGGGGAAACAGCACAGGAAAGCGAAGCAUAGACAACAAGGCCAAGGUCUACCCACCAUCGAAGACUCUUCUGAGGAAGAGGAGUUACGAGAGGAGGAGGAGCUGCUAAGAGAACAGGAGAAGCAGAAAGGCUCUGGGAAGAAGUCGAAGAAGGACAAAGAUGAGAUCCGAGCUCAGAGGAGGCGGGAGCGUCCCAAAACGCCGCCCAGCAACCUCUCUCCCAUUGAAGAUGCCUCCCCAACAGAAGAGCUGAGGCAAGAGGCAGAGAUGGAGGAGUUCAGGCGAUCAUCCUUAUCCGAUUUCUCUCCCAGCAUCGAGUCAGAACCAGAGGGAGUUGAGAUCAAUGCUGUAAAGAUUGCAGCAGUACAGAAAGUAUACCAACUUCCUACAUCUGUUUCUCUCUACUCUCCAACAGCUGAUCAAGGUGCUAAUAAAAGCCCUGAAAAACGUGCCCUAAAAACUGCAGACGAAGCCUACGAAGAGAUCAUGGUAAAGGCUAGAACACCCACAAAGGAAAAGGUAGACAUCCCUCCGGGGAAAGAGUCCCUCUAUGGUGGGAUGCUGAUAGAAGAUUAUGCCUAUGAGUCCCUUGUUGAUGGAAAUGGAAAGAAAGUCCAGCAGCAGGAGCCUGAGAAAAUCUCAGUGCCAGCACAGCCCAAAAUACUGAGAUCUCCAGAUGAGGUUUACGAAGACAUGAUGGAGAAGAAGAAAGAAUUCAUGCAGCUGGAGCAGGAACUGAAAAAAGCACAGUCCAUGUUAGAAAGACCCACACCAGAGAUUGUAUUGCAACCCACUGAGCCAACCAGCUCCACGAGUGUUAUAGUUACUGUAGGCAAGGAUGGGAAACCACUGCUCGAUGCUGAGGCUGCGUAUGAGGAACUCAUGAAGAAAGUUCUGACUCCUGGGACUAGCCCGACACAGCAAGGUCCUGAUAUAUCUGGGGCGGCCCCUGGUGGUGAGUUCGAAGGCACUGAAUCCAGAAGGGCUCUGCGUCCCAUACCAGACCUGAGGGUUACACAGUGCUCCUCAGGGGAGGAGGACGCUGAUGAAGAGGCCACUGAGGCCAAAAGUCAAGAUAAGCCAAAGACUUCAUCAGACAUUCCUAAAGCUGAUCAGGCACCCUUAACAGCUGCUGCAGAAACAGAGUCCAAAUCAGUUGCUUGCAAGGUCCCCCCAUCAACAACUUCAGACCAACCACAGACCCACAUUGAAACUUCCCAGGCUGACCAGCCUCUGGACAUAAGCCAACAGGAUGUCAUAGACUUGUCUAGUAUGAAGUCCUCAGCCCCUGCUGUUGCCAGUGUAUCGCCCUUACCCACCCUCCCUCAGUACACCUCCACUGUCCCCAGUGUAGUGUCAACCACCCCACCAGUGCCCCCCAAACCAGCCAUCCUGCACAGGGCCCUGUCUCAGGAAAAAGCAGACAUUCCUGAACCCCCUCCACUGCCCCCUCCCACCAUGCCAAAGCCAUCGGUUUACCCCAGGAAACCCCCUGUUCCGCUUCCAUCUCAGGCUAUAAUCAGGUCAGAACAUGUUGCCAUGACAACAGCCCAAGUGUCACCGGUAAGACAGCCUCAUGUCCCCCCACCAGUUCCUCCAAAGCCAGCCAUCCCUGCUGGAAUGGGGUACAGCCACAGGCCAGGGGAAAACGUCAAACCACCCCUUGCUCCAAAACCUGUCUCUCAGCCUGGCUCUCCUGCCCACAUCCAAUAUCCAAGACCCACUGCCCUCCACACAGGCCAUGCUGAUAUAGCCCUGAAUCUGAGCCCCUCAGCUGAAAGCAGGCCAGGUCACUUCUCAGGUCAUUCCUCGGGUCACUCCUCGGGUCACCCAUCCCCCACUUCUCCGCGAUACGGCAAUCGACACGAAACUUAUGUGGUUAUAACUCUGCCAUCCCAGCCCAGCUCUCCAGUGGAAGGGAUCACCACCCAGGCCCCAUCCAGUCCAGGUCCAGCAUCUCCUUCAAGACAUGCCCAACUUCCACCUCAACCUCAAACACAGUAUCAACCACAACCUCAACCCCAGAAACAACCACAGCCACCUCCACCACACACAAAUAGAGUGCCCCUGGCAUUCACUCGCAUCACUGAGUCCAUGGAAAGUCAAGAGAUAUGUGGGCCAGAGAAAGUUGUAUCAAGCUCCUGUCAUGUCAUUGAGGCUAUUUCAGCAUCCGCUCCACCCCCAGAGGUCAGGUUAGGGCAGGUCACUCAGUUUGUGACGACAGAAGUUCAAAGAACCAUGGUGUCUGUCCGACACGAAAGGUCGCCGCCCCCACCUCCAGCCCCAAGAGCGAACGGUGUUCCAAUCUCACUGGAGAAACCUAAACCACAACAGACACAGAGUCCACAGGGCUACCAGCCAGGGGAAGUAGUAGACCUUCGUACCAUGAAGGUGAAUUCAGAAUCGGCCAUGAAAGUGGUGGAUCUGUCUUCGUCAGAUGUUAGACGCCAGUCCUUGGCCACAGAUAUCAACGGUCGUCAGACAAGUGCAGUGCAGUCCCCAGUGGUCAAUCUAAGCAUUGAGUCGACCAGUGUUUCCAUAGUGACUGACAGCAUCACCAUAGUUACAUGUGCUGCCACCAUACAAAGUUACGAAAAUACCAACAUAUCCCAAGUCCCUUCUCUGCCCCUUCAGCUUACAACCACAAACAAAGCCUUCGAGCCUGUUUGUCAGAUCAUCUAUCGGCCCAUAGAUGCACAGCCCACAACCAGCAACAAUGCUGAGAUCCCGAUUAACCUUUCUGUAGGACCUGGCACAGGCUUAGGGACAUUCCAGACACCUGUUACUAUCGCCCCUACCCCUGCCCCAGGGUGUGUGGCUAAUGGUCUGAGCAGCGGGAUGCCGACAGUAGCAGGUGCGGUGGACCUUAGCACAGCCAAACCCUUCAACACCGUGGUUUCGGUCGACGCUUCCUCCGCGGAAGUGGUCAUGGCUGUGAUCACAGAGGAGGAUGGGAAACCCGUGGACCUGACGGCUGCGAGAAGAGCCGUCUGCUGUGAUGUUGUCUACAAGCUGCCAUUUACAGGUAGCUGCACCACCCAGCAGCCCACUACUCCAUUGCCCGAAGACCGCUUUGGCUACCGAGACGACCACUACCAAUAUGACCGCUCACCCUACAACAUGAGGGGCUUCGGUGGCAUCAAACCCUCCAUGUCUGACACCAAUCUGGCUGAGGCCGGGCUUUUCCUCUAUAAGAGCAAGAACAGUUACAAUUUCCAUGGCACCACAGAGGGUGCAGUAGACCUGACAUCCUCCAAGACAUCUGAUGCAGGCGUAGCUUUGGACUUCUCCACCAAAGGCUCAGGGUUAUAUUCAGGAAUGAUAAUCCCUCCAUAUUCCCAAGCCAGAGUCAAAGGAGCUGUUGGGACACACUUUGGCAUGAGCAGUGUCCUGAGAUCCUCCAAUGGGGUGGUGUACUCUUCAGUCUCAGUACCAAUCCCAUCCACCUACGCCAUAACCACACAACCUGGGUCCAUAUUCAGCAACACUUACAACUCCCUGUCGGCGGGCAUGCACACCAGCGACACCAUGCCAUCCCUGUCCACUCUCCAGAACCAGCCCAUGACUCGGUCACACAGCUUCAUCUCCACCACCUCUGCAGACGAUCAAGGGGACGUCCCCCUCAACCUGGAGCUUUCUAAAGAUGGCAUAUCCACCUCCGCGGCCCUCACCACCAAAACGGUCACCCUGGCCCUGGAAAGGCUGGACUCGUACACGGACGCGUCCCUGGAGGCUAUCGCCGCCUCGCUGGAGGCCCUGUCCUCGCCCUGUGUGCCAGGGGAGGGCCAAUACCAGAUGCAGCGUGAGAUUCUGGAGAUGGAGAAGUUCAAACAGCAGCGGUUGGCUGAAGAACUGGAGUGGGAGCGUCAGGAGAUCCAGCGCUUCCGCGAGCAGGAACAGAUGCUGGUGCAGAAGGAGCUGGAAGAGCUGCAGUCCAUGAAGCAGGCCAUCCUGUGCCAGCAGGAGGAUGAGCGCCAGGCCCACCUCAUGAUGCAAAAGGAAACCUAUGCCCAGCAGCAGCAGCAGCUAGAGCAGAUCCAGAGGCUCCAGGAGCAGCUCCGAGCACAACUGGAGGAGCAGAAGUUCCGGAAGAUGUACCCGGGGGAGGUGUUGCUGGGGCAGGGCCAGCAGGAGGCAGUCGUUCUGGGGCCGGACGGCACCGAGCUGGCCCGGAAAAUCAUGGAUAGUGGGUGUCAGACGGACGACGAGGACAGUGUUGUCGAUAAAGCCUACACGGCGGGGAGGAAGAAGAGAAGCACGGCCAAGAAGAGCGUAGACAGCUGCGUGCAGACGGACGAUGAGGACCAGGAGGAGUGGGAGCCUGCUCGGGCCAGACGUAGCAGGCCCCGCACGUCAAGGGGGGACAGAGGCGGACAGACUUCCGAUAUGUCCAUUCAGGCUCGCUCUGAGAUCUCCAUACAGACGGACUCUGCAGGGAAUGUAAGAAUGGACGCCAGGAUGGAGUUCUCUGACUCGGAAAGUCCACAUUGGGAAGACAAGAGACGGCCCACGCCCUUGGAGAUAGAACAGUCUAGUCACCUCAGAGCUGACCCCUCCUCACUUCAGGCCCCGCCCAAAUCCCCCAAUGUUCUCUACUCCCCCAUAUCCCCCUGCAUAUCCCCGAGCAAAUCCCUUGAGUUUGUGUCCUAUGAGAAAUCACUGGGUGAUACAAGCCCACAGAGGAUAAGAGGGUGUACUGAUCCGACCAAAGUCUCUCCAACUGGCAGCCCCAAGGGACCUAAGGCCAUGCAGCGAUCCAUGUCCGACCCCAAGCCCAUGAGUCCCACUGGAGAGGAGAGGGCAUCAUCCAGUUUCCAGUAUGGCGACGGUUACUCCGGCAAAAGCUCGUCAGGCAGCACCCCAACUGGCACCGGCAAGAAGGUGAAGAGGACCCUGCCCAACCCGCCCUCGGAGGAGGAGGCAACAGCCGCCGGCCAGGCGGCCUACAGCACUGGCUCGGCCCGCCGUCGCAUGUGCCGCAACACCAACAUGGCGAGGGCCAAGAUCCUGCAGGAUAUCGACCGUGAGCUGGACAUGGUGGAGCGUGAGUCGUCCAAGCUCCGCCACAAGCAGGCGGAGCUGGACGAAGAAGAGAAGGAGAUCGAUGCCAAGCUACGCUACCUGGAGAUGGGCAUCAACCGCAGGAAAGACGCCCUCCUCAAGGAGAGAGAGAAGAGGGAGCGGGCCUACCUGCAGAGCGUGGCCGAGGAUCGUGACUACAUGUCAGAUAGUGAGGUCAGCAACAUCCGGGAGACACGGAGCGGCCGCGGCAGUGGAGAAGAUGAAGAGAUGGGAAGUCGUGGACUGGAGCGCCCCAGGACGGCACCCCAGUCAGAGCUGGAUGAUUUUGUGCCACCACAGACCACACACGAGGCCCAGUACGGCACGUACUCCCAGUACCAGUACCCACUGAGCCAGACGCUGUACCAGCAGCAGUCACUCUACCAGUCCCCCCAGUCCUACCAGUCUCAGUCCAUCUACUCCUCAGUCCCCUCCCUGUCUAGCUCCCAGCAGCAGAGCUACCACCAGAUGCUCCUUCUCCAGCAGAAGGCAGCCAGGCAGGCGGCCCUGAUCCAAGAGUUGGACGCGUCGUCAAAGUACGAAGUCAUCAGCCGACAGCCCGACCCCGUGUCUUCUGCCUACAUGGGAGGGGUCAGGUACGACAAGUACGGUAACCACUUGGACCUCCGGGCCCUGGAGGUGGGGGGCAGUAUGGCUGGCAGCCCCAUGUCCAACGUGUCGGCCGACUCCUUCUAUGGAGACGUGGAGCACCACCACCACACUCCACGAAGCUACGUCCUCCUAGAAGAUGCGGCAGAGCUGGCCAAGAGCUCCACGAGUCUGGCUUCAUCCAGCUACGCCCAGGCCGAGAAGGAGCUGGCUAAGGCAGAAAGGCUGUUGCGAAGAAGUGCAGCUGAUUUGACCUCCACCGACUACCUGGGCUCCAGCUCCAGGCUCCACUCCGGGUAUGGAAAGACCCCAGACGAUGAGGACUCCAUGGACGACCCCUACGAGCUGAAGCUCCUCAAGCAGCAGCUGAAGCAGGAGUUCCGGAGGAGCACAGGGGGAACAGAGAGUCUGGACCCGCUGACGGGUCUCUCCCACAACUACUACGGCACCCCCAGCUCGGGUGUCUCCUCCUCCCAGAGCUACUCCCAAAGACACUACCCCAAGACGGAGAAAUACAGCAUCAGCCGGCUGACCCUAGAGAAGCAGGCAGCCAAGCAGCUCCCGGCGUCCAUGCUGUACCAGAAGCACAAAGCCCCACUGACCGACUCCAAAGUCUCCAAGUACUCCUCAAUGCAAGACGGCAGGAGUCUGGAGACAGACUAUACCAGCUAUUUAGGGUCCAGUAAUGUUAGUGCCUCUCCCAGAUCCAGCCGGCUCCUUCAGGACGAGAUCACCUUUGGACUACGCAAGAACAUUGCAGAGCAGCAGAAGUACCUGGGCUCCACGUUGGGUGCCAACCUGGCUGGCUCGCUCAACUUCGGCCAGAGCCUGGCCUUGGACUCGACUUCCUACCCCAGUGGCAGCCGGUCACGGCCCUCUUCUAGGCCCAACUCCGUCUAUGGCCUGGAUCUCUCACUCAAACGGGACCCAUCCAGUUCCUCUUUGAGGCUCAAGGGGGAUGGCGAGGCGGCCUCAGACAGCUACCCGAUGCCAUCAGGGCGUGCCAAGCCCACCAGCCUGCCCAUCGUGCAGGGUGGCCGGGGGCGCAUCCCCAUCGUGGCGCAGAACUCUGAGGAGGAGAGCCCGUUGAGUCCUGUGGGCCAGCCUAUGGGCAUGGCGCGGGCGUCGGCGGGGCCCCUGCCUCCCAUCUCGGCCGACUCACGGGACCAGUUUGGUUCGUGCCUCUCCCUGCAGGACUCCCAGCAGCAGCAGCACCUGAGGGAAGAGCCAACGAGGGGGCGGGGCUACGUCUUGAUGGACGACCUCCAGGGCACCAUGUCGGACGGCGAAGCCUACCACCUACGGCGAGAGGAAACGGACUGGUUUGACAAACCACGCGAGGGACGACCAGAGAAUGGACAAGGGCCGGACAGGAGACAGGGGAAGGGUGUUUACUACCCCUUUCCUCACACCAGAGUCAAACUGCAGAGGGAUCCCAAGGACCGCAGCGUAUCAGGGAAUGGAUUGGGUAUCAGAGUGGUGGGAGGUAAAGAGGUUCCAGGGACCAACGGAGACAUCGGAGCCUACGUAGCUAAAGUCUUACCUGGAGGAGUUGCCCAACAGACUGGGAAGAUACUAGAGGGAAUGCAGGUGCUGGAGUGGAACGGGCUUCCUCUGACGGGGAAGACCUACGAGGAAGUGCAGGGGCUUGUGGUACAGCAGUGUGGCCAGGCAGAACUCUGCGUGAGACUAGAUCUGAACAUGCUGGCUGACUCUGAUGGCUCUCAGCACCUUGAUCUCCCAGACCAGAACAAACCAGGUGACAGACCCCCCAGGUCUCCGGGGGUGGAUCCGAAGCAACUGGCUGCAGAGCUACAGAAGGUGUCCCAGCAGCAGGCUCCUCCACCUACCACCGCCACGUCCUCCUCCUCCACGGUGGGGGGAGAGAAAGGACCCCACUCUGCCAUCUCAGGCGCCGCCUCGGCCACUUCUAGCGCCAUCCAGAGUCCGGGCCAGCCGGGGUCGCCCUCCGUCAGCAAGAAACGCCACAGCAGCAAGUCUGCGGACGCAGUGAAGACACAAUCCCACCCUGUUACUGGAGAGAUACAGCUUCAAAUCAACUAUGACAAGCAGCUGGGGAACCUGAUUGUUCACGUGCUCCAAGCCAGGAACCUGGCCCCCCGAGACAUCAACGGCUACUCCGACCCCUUCGUCAAAGUCUACCUCCUACCGGGGAGGGGUCAGGUCAUGGUUGUCCAGAAUGCCAGUGCUGAGAAUAAGAGGAGAUCAAAACAAGCUGGCCAGAGUCUGAACCCAGAGUGGAACCAGACUGUUAUCUAUAAGAACAUCCACCUGGAACAGCUGAGGAAGAAGCUGCUGGAGGUGAGCGUGUGGGACUACGACAAGUGCUCCUCCAACGAUUUUCUGGGAGAGGUGUUGAUGGACCUGUCCAACACAGCUAACAUGGAUAACGUCCCACGCUGGCUCCCUCUGAAGGAACAGAGUGAGGGAGAGCACCACCGGCGCUCCCUUUCAGCCCAGGGGCGCCAGCACUCCCCCAAGCCCCCCUCGCAGCACGCCUCCCCCAAAACCCCCGCCCACGGUAACCAGGACUCCCCCAAGCCCCCCUCGCAGCACGCCUCCCCCAAAACCCCCGCCCACGGGAACCAGGACUCGCCCAAGUCGUCGGUCAUCAAGAGCCGGAGCCACGGGAUCUUCCCUGAUCCAGCCAAGGACACGCAGGUGCCCACUAUUGAGAAAUCUCACAGUAGCCCCGGCACAUCGAAGCCUUCCCCGUCCGAGGGCCACAGCCAACAUACGCCACGUGCGGCUCCACGUGCGGCGCCUCGCAAAAGUGCAAGGCAACACCAGCAGGAUGGCGACGGCGGUGUCGCUGUAGCAACGGGUGAAGCUCCGGCUCCGCAGCAACAGCACCGCCUCCAACCAAGUAAAAGACGACCCUGUCCCGCGCCUGCGCCCCUUAUGCCCUCCAGUCUCCUACCCCCCAGCCCAAAGAGGCCGCCUCUCCCUGAGGCACCACAGACACACCAUAGUGGGCGUGCUCACCAUUCAGAAAGCCCAAUCCGAUUCGCUCCCGCCCUGCCGGGCCUGGCAGCAUCGGCCAAUGGGAUCCAAGCAGACGGCAGACACCUGACCUUCAGGAAAGCCAUGUCUGAAGAGAGGCCACAGAGGGAAGGAGCACGGCCCGGCAGGUCCGGCGACGCCCCGGUAACAGCCGCCUCAUUGGACAGCGGUCUGAGUGGCAGUGCUUACAGCCUAUUGGAGGAUGAGGGUGGGACUAAUGCCGUGGACAGUGCCAUCUUCCAGGUCCCUCGGUUUGGGAAGAUUCCAAAUGGCACCGACGUGAUGAUGUCACCAAUGGGCCAUAUGGACUCUGAGGGAAAGACCCAGGUAAUGGGAGAGAUCAAGAUAGCUCUGAGGAAGGAGCUGAAGACAGAGGGAGACCAGCUGGUGUUGGAGAUUCUCCAGUGCAGAAACAUCACCUACAAGUUCAAGUCUCCAGACCACCUGCCAGACCUCUAUGUGAAGCUGUAUGUGGUGAACAUUGCGACCCAGAAGAGGAUCAUCAAGAAGAAGACCCGGGUAUGUCGUCACGACCGUGAGCCCUCCUUCAACGAGACCUUCAGAUUCUGCAUGAACCCCACCGGCCACUCUCUGCAGCUCUUCCUGGUGUCCAAUGGGGGGAAGUUCAUUAAGAAGACCCUGAUCGGAGAGGCCUACAUCUGGCUGGAUAAGGUGGACGUGCGGAAGCGAGUGGUCAGCUGGCACAAACUGCUGGCUAGCUCUGCUCAGAUCCACUCCUAAAGAACCUACUAUUAAUCUUGUCUAUUCUAUAGGCUCUUAACUCACAGAGAGAAAGACGAGGAGGCUAGGGCGCUCGAGUUUACUGUCUCCAUCAUUGAUCCACUCUUUAUGGACCUACUGAACAUACUCACAGGUCCACCAUUGGGGUGGGGGUGAGGACCGUUAGGGUGCGGGAGUUAGACAUCUCUUACGUAUCCUGUGGAUCUUGAGUUUUGGUGUCAAGGGUCAGGGGUCAGCGUUUGAAUUGCUUGAGCUGUGACUGGGGAUUGGGGAGAGAACCUUUGUUUGACAUGCAUUUGGCGAUAAGGGUAGUGGGGAGGAAGUAGGUAUGUGUUUACAGGAAAUUAACUUGUGUUUACAGGAAGUAGUGUAGCCAGGGGAGGGAGCAGGACAUUGAGGCAACAAAGCAAGAACAGAAUCAACCAGGUAUUACACACACGCUCACACACACAGUCACAAACACAUUCAAACACACCACAAAGAAAGAUGAUCAUAAGAGACUGACACAUAAAUACAGGGGAUGGACACGUUUAGAUUCUCUCAUUGCUUUAUUUGACUGGAGAUGUUUUUAUUUAUGAAUGAAAUUAUAACUACCUGUGGAUUCCCCUCAUGGCAUUCUAUAUUGUUAGAAGAAUUUAAUUCAUUUAUGAAGCAUUUUGGGAAUUAAAUGUUGAAGAUGUAUUCUAUGGAGAUUGCACCUCUUAUUUUUGUAUUAUAAUUAUGAUUAUUAGAGUUUUAUUGAUUAUUCUCCUCAAUUGUUUAAGUACUGAAUGAUGAAUGAAGAAUUUUGAAUCCAGGGACGCACAGUAUAUUUUGUGACAUACUCUCACUUUAAUUCUAAUUGUCCAUUUGAAAUGACUCCCUCAUCUGGCCCUUGACAAGCAUGUUUUUACAUUUUGGGACAACAAUAUUUCCCUUUCUCUUCUUUCUCUAGAUGUAAAUUUAGAUGCUGAUAUAUCAGAUAUAUUAUAUAAACAUUGUUCUAAGUAUAAUUGGUGUGGUUUAAACAGACUGGGUAGUCUUGUGCACAGGGUCAUGUUUAUUAGGCACCAAAUGGAAGAAAACAGACUGAAACAAGGAGGUGACUACCUGCUGUUGUCCAGGAAGAAAUGCUCAUUUUAGUUUUCAGUUGCAAAAUGUUUUCUGUUGGGUGACCUAAUGAACGUGACAGUGAAAAGUUGCACUUUGUAUAUAGUUGAGUACACUGUCGUUGUGAGAGAUAAAUAGAUAUAUUCUUAUCACAGACAAUCCGUUGUGGAUGAUUGUGGCUUAAUGUAUUAUUUUGGAAUGUGAAAUAUUGGGCACAGGUUUUAGCUGUGAUUCAAGCCUGGUUUUUCUCCUAGUAAGAUUCACAGUGAACUACUAUGCAUAAGACUAGCGUAGUUCUGACUUCUCCUUACAUUCACACAUUUGAAAUAUCGCUUCACAUGCACACUGUCAUGUUUUACUUAGCACUUUGUCAAGUUAUGGAAUGUAUAGAUGAAUAUACAGUAUGUCCCCACUCGUAGAGAAAUAUAAUAUAUAUAUAUAUAUAUAUAUAUAAAUAAGUAUAUCAAAUGAAUAUAUUAAAUAAAUGAUAUAGUCAUAUAUUAUAGUAAUAUAAUAUAGUUGACCAUAUAGUAUAGUAAAGUGUGUCCCAUGGUUCAUAUAUCAGGGUCCCCUCCAAACAGUUGUCUAUCUAUACAUUGGAUGGGUGGGUGGGGUGGGGGAGUUAGUGGAUGCGGUAUGCUUUGGACUGUUUCUGUUGGUGUGUCUAUCUCCAUCACAUGUCUAGGUACAAACUAUCCUAUUGGGGUUCUCUGUUUGUCUAUGGGGAGAGGUUGGUAGCUGGGGCUAUUGUUUGUAGAUGAGUUCAAUCAAAGUUGCUUUGAUUAAGAAAUGCUACAAUGAUUACAUUUUGGUAUGUUUGUCAUAGUCCUGGUGACACAUUAUUUUGCUAUGGGCGGGUGUGCAUCUCUAAGCUAUGGACUUGUGAGAUUUGAAGAUGUGUAACAUGGCUUUCAGUUGAAAGGACACACUCAGAGUGAUGUCCUGCCUAGGGUCAAAGUGUGUUGGUUUGAUAGUGACCUUUUGACCUUUGAUCUUUGCCAAACAUUGACCAAACACCACAGGUUCUAUCCAGCUGAUUCUAUGCAACAUAGACUUCGUGUUGUGACUGUGUCUGAAUUAUAUGAGUCGAUCUAGAUUCUACAGUCUGAGUUAGCAAUGCAUUUUAGGGGACAAUGGGUUAUUCUGUUUGUGUAUUGUGCACAUGUAUAUUUUUUUUACUGCCUUCAAGUUUGGGAAUGAAUAAGAACAUAUAGCUCUUAAAAUUAGAUUUUUAUAAGUAUGCUUUCUCAUACUGUUAAAUGCAACUUUAUUUAUUGCACAUAAGCUGUUGUUUUCAUAUGUUUUUUACAUCAUCAAAUGUUAUAUGUACAGUACAUAGCUAAUUGGAAAGGUAUUUUGUUUUCAGCAAAAUUAUCCGGUGCUUGUAUUUCAACCCAGGAACUCGGUCUUCAGCCCAAUGUCCCAGCAGACUCAUACACACACACACACACACACACACACACACACACACACACACACACACAGUAGUGACUCUUCACAUAGACUAGAAUCUAAGGAGACACUUUCUUAACACCAGAGACACAUUCCCACCAGAUUCCAGCUUUUCACAGAGUUUUUACGCACCCCCACUUUUAAAUAGUUUUAUUUUUCCAGUAUAUAUGUCAUUUGAAAAAGGACCAAAAAAAGUUGAACAAUGUAAUGACUUGAUGUUCUAUCUAAAAUGGUUACCCACCUGAGAUGGAUCCUUUUUGAUACAAGCGUGGGUGAGUAGUUUCUCCGUACCACACCAUGCAUGGCCAAGUCCUCCUGAAAGUGACCUCCCUUUCCUGUGUGUGGUCUAGCUAAGAUAUAUACACACACACACACACACACACACACACACACACACACACACACACACACACACACACACACACGGAAAUGCCAUCUCUUUAUUUCCUACCUUGUAAGUACAUAUUUUUUUUUCUACAAGAGGAAACCGAAAGAUUUCCUUGAUAUCUGACAUUAACGCAUAUGAUCACGGGAUGAAAACACAAGCAGUAUGUUACUCUCUUGACAUGGCAGAAUACCUACAGGAGUUAGAUGGAGUAAAGACCUUAUAAACCUUGUCCUUACACCGGACACAACAGAGUUUUACCAGAGUAUACAAACACUGACAAACCUUAUCUUAUCAACACAAGUAGUUGCAGGAGAAUUUAAAUGUGCUCACAACAAUGGAUGUUGCAUGUUUAGUUGGUGGUUCGUUCAUACUAUUUUUGUGUCCAGAAAUUCUAUUUAAAAAGAAAGAUAGACAGAGAGAUCAAACGUUACGAGGGGAACGAAAUUCUGAAGACUAAUUCUCCGAUUAUUUAAAGAUGUAUGUUGACUGUACAAAGAUUAUGCUUGUAAAAUCCGUCUGGUUUUCCACUUCUAUGUAAACAGAAAAAUCUAAUGUCAUGGUUUUGUGAUUGUACACAGGAGGUAUUGAUAAAUUAUGCAAAUUGUGCUGUAAAAACAACGGCUGUUGCCCCAAGUCUAAAUAUUAAAUAUCUGUACAAAGAAAACAA